AUGAUCUUGAUAGUAGAACACUACCACAUCGAUAAUAAAGAUGGAAAGUUAACCAUUGAUGAGGAGGCACACUUCGACGAUCUUACCGCACUCAUUAUGCAUUACCAGAGAGACAGCGAUGGAUUGGUCUGUCAGUUAGGACGAGCCCUCCCACGAACACAGCAUCAAUCCACCGAAGAAUUUUUCACUCGUUCCCUCUGGAACUUCAACCUUUCAGACAUCACUUUGGGUGAACAGAUUGGAAAGGGAGAGUAUGGAGAGGUAUACAGAGGCACCCUUAAUGGGGAGGACGUGGCUAUCAAAGUGAUCAAAGGAACAAUGGUGCACACCUUCCUACAAGAAGCAUCCGUCAUGACGACACUGAAGCACAAAAACCUGGUGCAUUUGAAGGGGGUUGUGAUGGGCACACCGACGUACAUCAUGAUGGAGCUGCUGUUGAAGGGUAGCCUGGUGGACUACCUGAGAACGAGGGGCAGGUCAGUCAUCAGUCCUGCCGACCAGAUCAAGUUCUCAAGCCGCAACAAGAUCGUAAUCAUCUACAACUGCAUCAUCAUCAUCUACAACAUCAUGCAUGAAAACAAUCAAAAAAGAAAAAAAUGGGAUACUGAUCUGUCGAACCAGAUAAAAGCAUCUCAGCAACAUGAGAUGAGGAACUAUUGCUAA